AUGGAAAUCAGGACCGUACCUGCCCUCCCCAGGGAUGUUUGGAGACAAGUGUUCGUCCCCUUGAACGUCAUUGAACCAACGUCUCAGGUUGUUGUCGAAGCAGUGUCCAUGGAGGGAGGGCAGUUCAUAUUUAACCGGAUAGGCGUAAGAAGAGGCUCAUGUGGACCCCAGUGUGAACUGAACACAGAGUUCUGGACGGAUGAGUCCACCCGCUGCCUCUGUUCUGCUGGCCAGCUCACCUGCUCUCCUUUUCAGUGCCCUGAGGGUCAAACUUGUGGUCCUCAAACAGGAAGUUCCAGUGGGAUUUCCACCACUGGGACAUGCACAAUACACCGUCACACAGAAUGCAGCACUUUUGAUGGGGUGCUGUUCCGCUUCAUGGGCCCUUGCACCUACAUGCUGGCUAAGACCUGUUCACCCUCUGAGGCCCUGCCCAUGUUCAGUGUGGAAGUGGUCAAUAAGCAGAACGGGAACUCAUCUCUGCCAACGGUUCAGAAGGUCAUUGUGAAUGUGGGGAAGUUUCAGGUGUCCAUGCUGAAUAGGAAAACACAUCGGGUUGUGUGGGUCUGGAAGAAGCUUCCAAUGAGCCUCAGCGGUGGCACUAUCAACAUGAAGAGCAACCCAGCUGCCGUUGAACUGGAAACAAGUUUUGGUCUUUCUGUCUCAUUGGACAACGGUGGUGCUGUCCAUGUCACCCUGCCAUCCGCAUACUCUGAUAAAGUCUGUGGCAUGUGUGGAAACUUCAACUACCGCAAUGGAGAUGACUUCAUAAAGCCUGAUGGAACAAAUGCGCAAGAUGCUACAGCCUUGGCUGAGAGCUGGCAGACUGGGCACACCAACUCCUCCUGUGAAACCAUUCUAGUUCCUCAUCAGUGUGACCCGAUGGAGGAGGCUAAGUAUGCUGGUGAGCUGUACUGUGGAGGCCUCAUCUCUAGCACUGGGCCCUUCGCUGACUGCCUAUCAGUUCUUGGGGCAAAGAGCUACUUCAGGGACUGUGUGGUCGACAUGUGCUCUACUCGUGGUGACCCAGCGGUGCUGUGUAAGACCUUACAGGUCUACGCUGACAUCUGCCAGGAGGCUGGAGUCGGCGUACCCAUGUGGAGGAACUCUACAUUCUGCGCCCUUCAGUGUGGUAAGAACAGCCACUAUAACUCAUGUGCUGAUGGCUGUCCCAAAGUGUGCUCCAGUCUGGAUAUAGUUGGCUCCUGUGGAAGCUGUGAGGAAAGAUGCGAGUGUGACUCUGGCUUUCAACUCAGUGGGGGGAAGUGUGUCCCAGCAGAGGACUGUGGAUGCUGGUAUAAUGAUAAACACUAUGAGAAAGGAGCAAUAUUCUCAAAGGGAGAGUGUGAGCAGCAGUGUCAGUGCAUGGGUAACAAUGGCCUGGAGUGUACCACAAUGCAAUGCACCGUCAAUGAGGUUUGUAAGGUCAAGGAUGGGGUCAAAGGAUGCUUCCCUUUCAAACCAGCCACCUGCAGCGUGUAUGGUGAUCCACACUAUAUCACCUUUGAUGGGUUGGCAUAUGACUUUCAAGGUGGCUGCAGUUACACACUGACUACAACGUGCGGAGGAGAAAGCUCAGUCCAGUUCUCUGUGAUUGGACACAACAUGCAUCCUCCUCUUCAGAACUUCACCCGAUCCAAGCUGGAAGCUGUGGCUCUCCAGGUCGACGAUCUAUACCUCACCCUGAAUCAGAGUGGAGAAGUCUAUGUGAAUAACAGCCAUGUCUCACUGCCCUAUUCCGCCAGUGGUAAAUACGGCUCGGUGUGGGUCUACAUGAAGAAAAAUUAUAUUAUUUUGGAAACAACCUUUGGCCUCAGAAUGAUGAUAGAUGCGCAGAACAGACUCUUCCUGAAGGUGGAUGAGCUCUACAAGUAUGAACUGUGUGGACUUUGUGGCACGUACUCUGAACGGCAGGACGAUGACUUCGUAGCACCAGGAGGCCAAAACGCUACUGGGCCAUUUGAGUUUGGUAACAGCUGGAAGGUUCCAGGCAAUAACGAGUGUAUUUCCCAUCCAAAUAAUCCCAGACUUUGUGAUUAUGAGGAGGAGAAUGUGGCCUACAAAGAGUGUGAGACCCUACUACAGGAUGUCUUCAAGCCCUGCCAUAAAGUCAUUCACCCAAGCACCUACCUCAAUAGUUGUGUGUAUGAUUACUGUGCUACCAAUGGUGACCAACACACCCUAUGUGAAUCUCUUGAGUCCUAUGUAGCAGCAUGCCAGGUUGAGGGAGUGGAGCUUCCCCAAUGGGAGACGGACACAGCCUGUGCUGACCCCACAACCACUGCAACUGCAUCUCCAACUCCUACCUCUCCAACACCAGAUGAGACUCGUAAGAGCAUUCAGGGUUGGGAAGGUUUAUUUGUUACUGGUUUGGAUAAUCAGUGGCAUAAUAUCCAAGUAAUAAUGAGUAUUUUAAAAUACAUUUCACCAAAACCAUAUAACAUAUUACUAUGUUUGCUUUUAAGAGGUUUACAGAAGUUUAUCUGUCCCAUAAACUGUGACUUUGAAAAAAAUCUGUGUGGGUGGGUACAGCUCAUACAAGACAGUUUUGAUUGGACAAGACCAGGACCCACGCCAUCAAGCCUAACUGGCCCAAACCAAGAUCACACCACUGGAGCUGGUUUCUACAUGUAUAUUGAGGGAAAUAGUGCAUCCCAAGGAGAUUCAGCUCGUCUGUGGAGCUCAACAUGCCAUUACAAUGGCCCGCUUUGCCUGCACUUCUGGUACCAUAUGGAUGGUUCAGCCACAGCCAUGGCCCUGAAUAUCUACCUGACCAAAGCCAAUAAAUCUGUCAAGCUCUGGUCCAUGAUGAACAACCAAGGACCUGAAUGGCACCUAGGAAAUAUUGACAUCACAGUGUCUGAUCCAUUCCAAAUCAUAGUGGAGGGAAUUCGAGGCUCAGAUGCUCAAUCAGAUGUGGCCAUUGAUGACAUUUCCAUCAACUUUGGCUCAUGUUUAGGUAGUUUCCCUGGCGUGGUUAUCGGAACUGAACUUCCUUUAACAACUGCGGAGAUCUUCCCCUCAUUCCCAGUCUGCAAUAUAGACUGUAGCUUCAACAGCAACCUUUGUAGCUGGAAUCAGAUGAUCACAGAUGCUUUUGACUGGACAUGGCAAAGUGGUUCCACCCCAACCCUGAUGACUGGGCCCUCUGCUGACCACACUGGGGAUGGGUACUAUCUUUACAUUGAGGCCAGCAGUGCGACACAUGGAGACACGGCUCGUCUCAUCAGUUCUGAGUGUUCUGAAUCUGGUCUACAGUGUCUGCAGUUCUGGUACCAUAUGUACGGCUCAGCAGAUACAAUGGGCCUCAAUGUCUACGUGUACCAGAAUAGAAAGGCUGAAGGUGUUUGGUGGAAGCGAAAUGACCAAGGAAACAUGUGGCACCUGGCUCAGGUAGACAUCACAACAACUGGAGCUUUCCAGAUCAUAUUUGAGGGGCGAAGAGGUUCCAACGAUCAGUCUGAUGUUUCUGUAGAUGAUGUAUCACUUCAUCGUGGGCCCUGCACAGACCAAACUAGACCAACAACCCCUGCUCCCACAACCUUUAAUCCAGUUGCAACAGCAGAUCCAGAGCUUCCUCCAACAAACAGCUCAACUAUUACACAACCACAAACAUCUACUUCAUCAGAACCCUGGACACCAUCAACAACUAGCUUUCCAACGGCCACCACAACAACCGCAGCCACAACGGAUUGUGAUACACAAACCCCUACAAAGCCAGCAACAACCGUAACCCCACAAACUUCAAAUCCUGAUGUCCCAACAACAACACCACAGCUACCAAUCCCAUCAAUAUCAACGCCAAUAACAACAACCACCACAACUGGAGCCCAAAGUACAGCUGGACCCCAUACACCAUCAACAGAGCACCCAGGAGUUGAAACUUCAGAGCAACCAGCUACACCACAACCUCCAACAACAGCUUCACCACAACCGCACAACAGCUACACCACAACCUCCAACACCACACGUCCAACACGCACAACCCACAACCAACACACCACGACCGCCAACAACGGCUACACCACAACCUCCAACAGCAGCUACACCACAACCAUCAACAACAGCUACACCACAACCGUCCAACAACAGCUACACCACAACCUCCAACAACUACACCACGACUGCCAACAACUACACCACAACCGCCAACACAGCUACACCACAACCUCCAACAACUACACCACGACCGCCAACAACGACUACACCACAACCGCCAACAACAGCUACACCACAACCGCCAACCACAGCUACACCACAACCGCCAACAACAGCUACACCACUACCGCCAACAACAGCUACACCACAACCUCCAACAACAGCUACACCACAACCGCCAACAACGCUACACCACAACCGCCAACAACGGCUACACCGCUACCGCCAACAACAGCUACACCACAACCAUCAACAACAGCUACACCACAACCGCCAACAACAGCUACACCACAACCGCCAACCACCAUUAAACCCCAACCCACAACAGCCACACCUGCAACAACAUGGAGACCACAACCGACAACAACAGACGUACCACUACCUACAACAACCAAUAAACCACAUUCAACAACAGCACACCCUUGCCCACAGAACAGUCAUUACACUACUUGUAUCCCGGCCUGCAGCCCAACCUGUACAUACCUCAAUGGUCCACCCCGCUGCAGUGACAAUAAUGGUUGUGUGAAGGGGUGUGUAUGUAAUGAAGGCUUUGUGCAGAAAUUCAGGGUGUGUGUGCCUAUCCAACAAUGUGGAUGUAUGGACAGGAACGGCACUAAAUAUAAGUUUAAUGAAGUGUGGUACACCAAUCACUGCAGUCAGAAAUGCAAAUGUGAGAAAAAAGAUGGCCUGGGGAAGAUUAAAUGCCAGGACAAAGACGAGUGUGAUGGAAAUGCUAUCUGCCUUCAAGAGAACGAGGGCGGUUAUUACUGCAAGUAUACAGGAUUCAGUGAGUGCACAAUCAAUAGAGACCCUGAGUACCGAACCUUUGACAAAAUGAAGCAUGGCUUUAAGGGUAAGCUGUCAUAUGUGCUGGUCCGGACCAAAAACUUGCCAAAUAACUAUCCACAUGUUUACAUCGAGGGCAUCAAUACCAUAAAUGAUGACGAAGACAGUCAAUAUCAUGGAGACAGUAGCAGUGAAGAAGACCACAGUCGCAGAGUCAGCGAUGAAGAUAAUGAUGAAGAUAAUGAUAACGAUGAAGAAUAUAAUGAAGAAGAAGAGAACAAAUAUGAUGACGACAUUGAAGAGCCGGAGGAAUAUCCCAGAUUGCAAGUGUUUAAGAAACACUACAGAUUACAAGAGCUUAAAAUCAUAGUGUAUGAUCACACUGUGGAGUUCAAGAAGAACCGGAGGCUGGUCGUGGAUGGAAGGAGAACUAAUACUCCCGCCUCACCGACUGCUGGUCUAAAGAUCUGGGAGCAUUCCUCUCGCAUCUACCUGAAGACCGACUUUGGCCUCUUAGUGGAGUUCAACGGAGACAGCCGAGCAGAGAUCAUUCUACCACACAUCUAUAAAAGGAAGGUGGGGGGUCUGUGUGGGAACUUUGAUGGUUACAGACGCAAUGACCAGAUGAAACCAGAUGGUACCAGGGCCCGGAGUGUUCAAGAGUUUGGGGAUAGCUGGAGAGUGUGAAUAUCAGAUGGAUGUAAAGAUGUGACAUGGCACUUAAAAAUAUUCUGGGGAAGUUUUGACCACUAGUAGAAACAUCACUAUGGCAGUCUUCAAGAAAACUCCGCAGUGAUAAUACAUAUCACCGUAACAAUAAGAACAGACAAAAAUAAAGGCUGAUUUCAUUUUUUUCCUUAGACAAGGUAUCCUCUCCUAAACCUAAGCUACCAAACAUGACUUGGCAUAAGCAUAAUCAGUGGCAAAUCAAGCUGUGUAUGUAUACUUUUAAGAAAUCUCUAACAUUAUAACUUUCUCGAAAAAUAUUUGUACUAUGUAUCAGGAUUUACUGUUUGUGUCAUUGCCAACAGCAUACUUUUUAUUUUAAGACAUACAAUUACAGAUGUGCAUAUACUGUAUGAAAAUUCAUGGUUAUGCAGGACUACAAAUUGAUUAUUUAUCACUGUCAAGACUGUUGGAAAUAAAUAAAUGGUUAUACAAAAUGUUUCUUGCACUUGUCAUAAUGUGUAUUUGAAAGCCAGUGUGUUAGUGGGUUUUCUAUUGAUUCUUCAGUUCAUUAUUCUAAUAAACAGGCACUGUGGUUA